AUGCCGAGCGUGGAGACUGGAGUGCCGGGUGGCUUACGGCUGACGCCAACAUUUCUUUCGCAUCUUCGUACGAGUAGCCCUAAUGAAGAUCGGGGACGGAAGAAGCGGACGGAUUUCUCCACGUAUAACCGUUUAAGGCAGAAUCGAAUUAAGCUCAUUUAUCUUAUUUUGGUUGUUUUUUCACCCUCGUCACCAGUGGAGAAACUCGGGUGGGGAGAACGCGUACGAGAACCUUAA